AUGGUCAAUAAAAGAAGGGCUAGAAAAGUUCGUGCGCCCUAUAAGAGAUAUGUUGGCACUGGAUUACCCACGGAGGACGGAGAACAAAUAGAUCAUGACUCCAAUGGUGAGUCUGAGGGCUUGGAUGAACUAGAGCUGGCUGCAGGCAUCGAAUCAAUAGAUCUCAUCGCCAGGAUCGACGGCGUCCCGGAGGUUGCGUUAGGAGUGCCCGCCGAGGUGUUUAGAAUUAUAAUGGAUUAUUCGUCAAAUCAUUGGCGGUUUCUCACGGUGAACUCGAAGUGGUUCGAGGAAGUUAUCAAAUUCGUGUACAAGAGACCCAAACUGUCCCCUCGUAACUUUGGCGAGUUUGUCACGGUUAUUUCUGCCCACAGAUCACUAGGCGCCUAUGUUUGCGACCUUGAUCUGACGCAGAUUAUCCAAACAGGCAAGAACAGCCUGACCGCGAGGCUCUUGACUCGCUGUUCGCCCCGAUUAGAGCUGUUUAUCGCGCCACAGAGCAAUUUCGGCUACUCUCCCCUUCUUUCUCUGCGGCAUUGCAAACGGCUGAGAACAUUGGACCUGGGAAUGGUGUCCGAGAAGGUCGAUUUGCCCAAGCUCAUCGCUGCUGUCGAAGAGUUUCAAGAUCUGGAGGUCAUGCGGUUCCCGCGGUCCUCGAUCAUGUGCGAAUGCGACCACCUGGACUGGCCCCCCAAUCUACGAACACUAGGCCUGGCUGGCGGGCUAACGGCUCAAUUUCUGGAAAACACCGUCCUGCCCUCGACUGUGACCACUCUCGAGUUGUCAAACAUCCCCACUGCUAGCACCACCUCUAUCACCACCCUGCUAGCGCGAAUCGGACCCCAGCUUAAAAGACUGGUUGUAAUGUACCCACUGCAGGGGAUCAGUGCCAAUGCACUUGAUACUGUGCUGUUGAUGUGUCCCAAUCUGAAAUCAUUGACGAUAAGCGUUGAUUAUGUUUCGGACGAGCUUUUUGCAUUUGUGCCUGAAAACCACCCGCUGGAAACCUUGAAACUACUAUCUUCAGGCAUGAUCGGUCACUCUGAUAAAAUUCGGCCUCUCCAUGUCACCGCCAGCCUCGACAGCCUUCCAUUUCUCACCCGCGUUGGUGCCAGUCUCCAGCUAGGCUGGAACCCAAACAACGACGCGAUUAUCGAGCUGGCUUCUCAGCUCGAGGACAGAAAUGGCGGCCUCUGGCUAAUUUAA